UGUUCCAGGAAUCUCGCCCAUUCAGUACAACCCCGACGCCGCCCCCGAUGAGAGCCUCGUCUUCCGCCACUACGACGCCCAGCAGGAGGUCUUGGGCCGGACCAUGGAGGAGUGGCUGAGGUUCUCCGUGGCGUAUUGGCACUCGUUCCGUGGCACAGGCAGCGACCCCUUCGGCGCCGGCACCAUCAGGAGGCCCUGGGACGACGGCACCGAGUCGCUGGAGAAUGCCAAGCGGCGUCUUCGGGCGGCUUUCGAGUUCUUCUCCAAACUCGGCAACAAGUACUGGACCUUCCACGAUCGCGACCUGGCUCCCGAAGGCGCCACGAUCGCGGAGACCAACGCCAACCUGGACCAGCUGGUGGAACUGGCGGCCGAGUUGCAGAAGAAGACGGGCGUCAAGUUGCUGUGGGCGACGUGCAAUCUCUUCGCCCAUCCCAGGUACAUGCACGGCGCCGCCACCAGCUGCGACGCCCACGUGACGGCCUACGCGGGCGCCCAGGUCAAGAAGGGGCUGGAGAUCGCCCACAGACUCGGGGCGGAGAACUUCGUGUUCUGGGGCGGCCGCGAGGGGUACCUCUCGCUGCUCAACACCGACGUCAAGGCGGACCUCGAUCACCUCGCCGCCUUCUUCAGGAUGGUCGUUGGAAUCAACAGGUAUGGCAUGUUGGGCAGCAUCGACGCCAACACAGGGUCGCCAGACCUGGGGUGGGACACCGACCAGUUCCCGAUGGACGUUCGCAACUGCACCGUCAUCAUGAAAGCAGUGGUGGAACAGGCCGGCCUCGCACCGGGCGGCCUCAACUUCGACGCCAAAGUGCGCCGCGAGUCGACCGAGCUGAGGGACCUCUUCAUCGCCCACGCCGCCGCCAUGGACACCUUCGCGAGGGGCUUGAAGAACGCCGCCAGGAUCAUCUCCGACGGCGUCAUGAGGAAGUCGCUGAUGGCCAGAUACGCCUCAUGGAACUCGGGCGUCGGGGCGCGCAUUGCCGCAGGGGAGGCGUCGCUGGAGGAGUGCGAGAAGGUCAUCCUUGAGCGCGGGGAUCCCAAGCCUUCGUCGGGGCACCAGGAACACUUCGAGGCCAUGCUGAACCACUAUAUCUAAGGAGGUGGCGAAUGGAGGUUCAUAUCCACGGCAAAUGAGAAGAAAAAAAAACAGAGUUCAACGUUCUUCUGGAUUUACUUUUACCAGUUAAGAGCUCGAGUCAAAAUAAUAGCAAGAAAAUGAAGUCACAGGGGAAUCACUGCCAUAAAAUUACAAAAUGUGAAAUGCAGUUUGUAUGAAUUACUUUUCAGGAAUUAAGUGUUCUUGUAUAAAUAUGUUUAAAUAAAAUCAUAGAACAGAGA